AUGGAGUUUUUCACUACUGGUAUAAUGCAGAGACAGUGGAAUCGUACAACAAUUACUCUGAUUUUGACUGCUAGACUAGCAAAGGUCAUUGGAGAGGUAGUUGAUGAUACACAAGCAGGCUUCAUCCCUGGGAAGCAUAUUUGUGAUAAUAUAUUGCUUGUAACUGAGCUUAUAAAAGGUGUUAUGGGUGAGUUAGGUUUCCCUAGUCUUUUCAUUUCCUGGAUUAUGAGUUGUAUCACUACAGUUUCUUUUUCUGUGUUGAUAAAUGGAAUUCCUACUCCUUUUGCUUCUAGGAAAGGGCUUAGGCAAGGUGAUCCCAUGUCUCCUUUUCUCUUUGCUAUUGGUAUGGACUACUUGUCAAGAGGUGAUGAACUCUCUAUUAAGCUGAAAAGUGAAGCUUAUUUUGGUGGGGUUUCUGAUUAUAAUCAGGCAGUACUUCUUCAUAUUCUUGGUGUGGCUCCUGGUAAUAUCCCUUUUAGAUAUCUUGGGGUUCCCCUUUCUUCCAAGAAACUCACUAUUAGUCAAUGUAAACCUCUUGUGGAUAAAGUUACAGCAAGGAUUAAUGGAUGGGCAGCUAGACUCUUAUCCUAUGCUAGUAGACUCUAA